AUGAAGUGGCCGAAGUUCCCAAACCCAGGACUGGAUAACCGGAUCCCCUCUCACGGGGACCUGGAGAGGAUGGAGAAGGAGGAGGCUGGGGACAGGCCCAAGUGGGACAACAAAGCCCAGUAUCUGCUCACAUGUGUGGGUUUUUGUGUGGGACUUGGUAACGUCUGGAGGUUCCCAUAUCUGUGUCAAAGCCAUGGAGGAGGAGCAUUUAUGAUCCCGUUCCUCAUCCUGCUGGUCCUGGAGGGAAUCCCUCUGCUGCACCUGGAGUUUGCCAUCGGUCAGCGCCUGAGGAAGGGCAGCAUGGGAGUGUGGAGGUCAAUCAAUCCAUACCUGACGGGAGUAGGUAUUGCGUCCUUGCUUGUCUCAUUUUUGGUGGGUAUGUACUACAACACCAUCAUGGCCUGGAUCAUGUGGUAUCUCUUCAACUCCUUUCAAAGUCCUCUGCCUUGGAGCCAAUGUCCUCUCAAUGCCAACAAGACCGGUGUGGUGGAGGAGUGCGCUCGGAGCACCACUGUUGACUACUUCUGGUACAGAGAGACUCUGAACACUUCAGAAGCUAUCGAUGACGCUGGCGGUCUUCAGUGGUGGAUGGUGCUCUCCCUGCUGGCUGCCUGGACUCUGCUCUACGUCUGCUGCAUCCGGGGCAUCGAGACCACCGGAAAGGCUGUGUACAUCACCUCCACUCUGCCAUACGUGGUCCUCACCAUCUUCCUCAUCAGAGGACUGACUCUGAAAGGAUCUACAGCGGGGAUCAAGUACCUCUUCACACCAGAUGUAAAUGAGUUAAUGAAUCCAUCGACCUGGUUGGAUGCAGGUGCUCAAGUUUUCUACUCCUUCUCUUUGGCCUUUGGAGGUCUCAUCUCUUUCUCCAGUUACAACUCUAUCCACAACAACUGUGAGCAGGAUGCCGUCCUUAUCUCCAUCAUCAAUGGCUGCACCUCAGUGUACUCGGCGACGGUUAUCUACUCCAUCAUCGGCUUCAGGGCCACGCAAAAGUUUGACGACUGCACAGGAGACAACAUCUUGAAGCUGAUGAAUGCUUUUAACUAUCCUGAAAACAACAUCACAGAAAGCAACUACAAAGAUGUUCUGACCCACCUCAACCAGACCAAUCAAGAUGUCAUUGAAGGAUUACAAUUACAGCACUGUGACAUGCAGGUUUUUCUCAGUCAGGGCGUGGAGGGGACAGGUCUAGCCUUCAUCGUGUUCACGGAGGCCAUCAUCAAAAUGCCCAUUUCUCCUAUGUGGGCCGUCCUCUUCUUCGUCAUGCUCUUCUGCCUCGGCCUCUCGACUAUGUUCGGGAACAUAGAGGGAGUAGUGGUUCCUUUGCAGGACCUCAAAUUGCUGCCCCAGAGUUGGCCCAAAGAAGUUUUCUGUGCUCUGACUUGCUUAAUCUCUUUCGCUCUUGGACUGAUCUUUACUCUGCGCUCUGGAAACUACUGGCUCGCUCUUUUUGACAACUUUGCCGGCUCUAUCCCCCUUCUGGUCAUCGGAUUAUGUGAAAUGAUCGGUGUUAUGUACAUCUAUGGCGUAGAUAGGUUUAACAACGACAUCGAGUUUAUGAUCGGCCACAAGCCCAAUAUGUUCUGGCAGGUGACAUGGAGGGUGAUCAGUCCACUCAUUAUGAUCGUCAUCUUGAUUUUCUACUUUGUAACCCAAAUCAGCAAGAGUCUCACCUAUUUGGUGUGGGACCAGGAGGCGGAGAAUUUCCCCACCCUCGAACCGCGUACGUUUCCUACCUGGAUCUACGUCAUCAUCUUCAUCCUGGCUGGAGUUCCCAGUUUAAGCAUCCCAGCGUUUGCCCUCUUCAAAUUCAUCCAGAAGAAAUGCUGCAAGCAGAAGGACGACAGUGACGACACAGUGCACACUAUCUCUGCCGAAAUACAAAUGAGUGACAAAAUGAAGUUAUAGAUAGCUUUAACUAAUAUUUAAUAACAAAAUAUGGACUAAAAAUGAAUAUGAACUUGUUUUUUUGGUGGUUUGUUAUUAUAUUAUGCUUACACCUUCUUUUUUUUCCUUCCUUGUACAAUGACAGAUGGGCACACUUGUGACUACUGACUUUUAUCUGUGAAAACCACAAGUACAUUUUAAGUAUUUUCUGUAAAAUAAUGUAAUUUUGGAGAAGAGAGUAAUUGCUGCUUGCUUUUCGUACCAUUGUGAUAGUAGUUUAUGCUGUGUCAUGUUUCACAUGUAACUGUAUGUUGUACAUUAAAGGAAUAGUUGGGACAUUUUGUGAAAUUCUUGCAAAGAGUUAGAUGAGAAGAUCGAUACCAGUCUUUAGCCUAUUUAGCACAUAGAUAUGAGAGUGUCAUCAAACUCAUCUAACUCUUUGUUUACAAAAAUGUGGAGCUAUUCUCUUAGUGUUGUAAGUUUACUAAAGGCCUGUGUCUAGUACACAAAAAUAAUGUUUUAUUUUAGGCUAAUAUUUUGUAAAUAAUGUCCAAUAGAAGAGCUGAUUCUUGUUAAAACUUUUGACAUAGCCUACUGUAAACAUGUUUUAAAAAGCAAAAAAAAACCUUUUGAGUUGUUUAAGGUAUUUGACAUAUUGCGGAGGGCUAUUGUGAAGUUCUUUUUGUUAUGUUUACUGUACUUACAAUGCCAUAAACUGUCUGUUAAUAAUCCUUUCACCAGUUCAGACUGAGAGCAAAAUGAAGUGGCUACUAUUUGAAGAAAUAUAUGCUAUUAAAAUAAAUCAUGUGGAAUAUCA